CUAAAGACUAGAGAGAGACAUCAGUCAAUCAGAAGCAAGAAAUUAAAGAAGAAUACAAGAUCUCCACGCACUACCAAUGGUGCAACCAGGAUCACAACACACUCUCUAUCUAAACAAAUCCACAAGCCCCUUUUAAUUUUCUUUUUAAAUUUUCUUUUAUUUAUGAGAGAAUUUUCUUUUUAAAUUUUAUUUUUCCCUGUUGACUGACUUGAAGAACAAGGAAAUAUGAGGUGCAAAACAAAAUGGGUUUGGAUCAAAUUGUGAAAACUAUUUGUCUCUGAAGAAGAAGAAGAAAAAAAAGAAAAAUUUUGAGAAAACGUAGAUGAUGUUGAUGGAGUCACAGAGCAAUAACCAAGAAAACAUCAAGAGUAGCAGUAAAGAUCACCACCACCAUCACCAAAAACAAGAAUCAUCAUCAGCAGCAGCAGCAGCAGCUUCACUUCAAUUAGUCUCUCAUGAAAAUCAUGGGUCUACUGCGGCCAUCACGACCACCUCUCAGGCCCCAUUCAUGGGCUCCAUCUCCAACCAAAUUACCCUUCAUCCUUCAACCUCUAACUCAAAUUCUUCUGCUCUCACCAAACCCACCACUAAAAAACCUUCCAAGGAUCGCCACACCAAGGUGGAUGGCCGUGGCCGCCGUAUCCGUAUGCCGGCCUUAUGUGCUGCUAGAGUCUUUCAGCUUACCAGAGAAUUAGGCCAUAAAUCUGAUGGAGAAACUAUUGAAUGGCUCUUACAACAAGCAGAACCAGCAAUAAUUGCAGCUACUGGAACUGGUACAAUUCCUGCCAAUUUCUCUACAUUAAAUGUUUCAUUACGUAGCAGUGGCACCACCAUUUCAGCGCCGUCAUCAAAAUCAGCUCCUCUUUCUUUUCAUGGCGGCCUAGCUUUCUACGAUGCUCAUAACAACAAUAAUGGAGGUGAAAAUCGAAGAGCUGUUGGUUCCAACACUACAAUGUUAGGAUUCCACCACCAGCUUUAUCCUCAAACUCUUGUCCCCGACGAGAAUUACAUGAGAGUAAAAACAUAUAGAGAAGAUCUUUUCAAAGAACCAGCAGCAGCAGCAACACAACAAGAAUCCACUGAACCAGUUAACACAACUUCUAAUAAUAAGCCACCAGUAGCAGCAGCAGCAGCAAGAGCCGGACUUCAAGAUCAUUUUCAUCAAGAAUUAGGUUCCAUUAGACCAUCAAACAUUCUUGCAACUCCAGCUAUGUGGGCAGUUGCUCCGGCAGCCACAAAUGGAAGCAAUGCAUUCUGGAUGUUACCUGUAGGUGGUGGCACAACCACCACAGCCCCCAUGCCAGAGACCCAGAUGUGGACUUUUCCUGCAGGUGGAGUAACACCUAUGCAGAGAGUAAAUUUCAGUGGAGGUGGACGGAUGAGCCAGGUUCAGCUAGGGUCCAUGAUGGUUCAGCAGGCAGUGGGAGGCCAGCAGCUGGGGCUAGGAGUUGCAGAGAGCAAUAUGGGGAUUCUGGGUAGUGGAGCUGAUGCUUAUAACAGUAGUAGAGUUGGAUUGGGGAUGAACUUAGAGCAACAUAAUCACGAAAACCAGCAACAAGGUAGUGAUAGUGGAGAUGAAAACCCUAAUGAUUCUCAAUAAGGUGAAAAAAUCAAAUUUUUAUUAGAUGUAAUUUGAAACAAGAUUUUUAAUCUGUAAAAUUCUCUAGCAGCUUGCUUUCUUCUGCGACUGUUUUCUUUCUUUCUUGGUUUGGUAGCUAGGCUUCUUUUUUAGCAGUCGUUUUUUGGCCAAGAUUUACUUCUCUCUCUUUUGUAAUUGUAGAGUUGUUUUUGUUUUUGUUUUUUUUCUUAGCAGCCAUUGUUGAAAUGCUGGCCAUGUUUGCUCAGAAAAAGAAAUGAAAUUUCUUUGCUUA